AUGCCGAGGCAUCCCCCAACUUAUCAAAGUGUGAGGAGUGCCGAAGCACAUCUGCAAAAGAAGCCUCUCUACCACCAGUCCUGUCGAACUGGUUCCGAGACGCCUCACACCGUCAGAUGUAUACACAUGUUUCACAUCCAACGGCGUCCUUCACCUAUAAAUACCAAAGGUUGGGUAAAAGACAAAGGUAAUGCAACUCUCUCCAAGUAUACUUGGCACUCCGCACACAAGUAUAACAUAUAUUCUCCUCCCCAAUAUCUUACACAAUUUCGAUAUUAUUCUCGUUAUCGUUCCAUUGACUUGAUCGUUGAAGUGUAUACGGCCGCCACCAUCCCUAACCUCACCAAAACCCUCGAUCCUGUUUUCCCUUUGCACCUGAAAAUACACAAAAACAAAAUAACAAAUAAAAAUGAAGCAUAUCAUUCAGUAUCUGCAGACUGCAAUCAACAACAACGGCGUCUCGCUAUAGAAUACUGUCACCAGCAGUUAAUCUUCUCAAAUCCACCAAUUCAAAGACCCCAAGCAAGCCCACUUUCUCCAUUCUAUCACCACACGCCUCUCCGUCUUUUUCUUCAAGGCCAUUGUCUCAAAUCGCUACAUUCCAGUUUCUGCUGCCACUUUACACAGCAAUCUUCACGGCCAGACUCACCUCUUGCAUUGGCAUUGACACCAAGGGCUGCAGGUCUCUGUCUAAGGCUUGAUGAGUCCAAGUCUCAGGAGAUGAUCGAGCGGAAAAUAAAGAAUGCCCCUUCUGGUCAGGGAACUGUUAGGAUGCUGACUCGUGAGGAGUGGGAAGAAAUUCAGGAAGUACGGCCAAGAACUCCAUUUGAAUCUAAGCUUGCUCGUCCAAAUGCACGAAUAAGGACUGGGGAACCAAUGCACUUGGAAGACAUGAAGGAUUGGACUGUAGAUGUGCUCACAGAUGCACUAACACGAGCUGAAGAAACUGUCAAACGUGGAUCUAAUUAGCUCUGGAUGAUUCUUGCUAAUGUGUUAUGCGUUGAAGCCGUUUCUUUUUAAAGUCUCUUUUAUUGGUUGAUUGACACCUACUACUAGUCAAUCUGUGAUGUUUCCAGCAUAUUUUCAAGUGCCUAAUUAAUUAAUAUCAAUGAGUUUGCUGGUAAAA